GACUGCACAAAGGCAUGUUUGGAAGCUAAAAGUGUCGAGGAAUGUGCUCGUCAAUGUGUCCAUAGCUCUUCUAACAAACUUCUCGAUCGUCGCGGCAAUUCGCACUGUUGCGAAAAAUAUCGUGGAUGGGGCUUUUCUAACGAAAACAGGAUAGUUGAAGUGUGUUAUAAUCUCUUUUCCCAGAAAGAUAAAGAACCAUGUAAAGGUUAUACAUGUGUAAAACCUUGCGGUUUAAAUAAGGGAUGCUAUGGAAAAUGUGCGGCGGCAGCUUUUUCCU